AACGCUCUCGUCUGCACCUCUCCAUUGCUUUCCACCCUCGCCCUCCUCCUCCACCUCCACCCUCUCAUCCCCCCGCGCAUGUUGUAGUCUGUAGAGCUGCAAUGGCGGCCCUCGCAACCCCCUCCCGACUCUCCGCGCGACUGGCGCAAAGAUGCGCACCCCGAGCUCCGGCGCGCAGAGGCUUCCGAGUCUGUGCGAGAAACCGAGCAGCACAAAACUACACCAUGCCCGCCCUCUCCCCCACCAUGAGCGAAGGCAACAUCGCCAGCUGGAAAGUGAAGGAGGGCGCCUCCUUCUCCGCCGGCGACGUUAUCCUCGAAAUCGAAACGGACAAAGCGACCAUGGACGUCGAGGCGCAAGAUGAUGGCAUUCUGUUUAAGAUUAUUGCGGCUGAGGGCGCAAAGGGCGUGCCGGUGGGGCAGCGGAUUGCUGUGUUUGCGGAUGUUGGGGAUGACUUGGAGAGCUUGGAGGUGCCUGCGGAGGAGAAGAGUGCGAGCAAGUCGCAGGAGCAGAGAAAAGAGGAGUCACAGCCUAAGCAGAAGGAGGAGGAGGAGGAUUCAAAGCAGACAUCUGAGAAGGGGAGCAGCGGUGGGAAAUCUGCAGAUGCUACACCGACGGCUUCGCCCGCGAAGGAGGAAACCACUUCAAAGCAAGGAGGCAACACGGCCAGGCAGAAAUACCCCCUCUUACCCUCUGUCGAGCAUCUGCUACACGCCAACGGCUACUCGACAAGCGAAGUCGACAAAAUCCCCACUUCCGGACCAAACGGCCGCUUGCUGAAGGGCGAUGUGCUCGCCUACCUCGGCCGCAUCAACAAAGAAUACCCAGAGAAGCAGUCGAAGCGCAUAGAAAAGCUCUCCCAUCUGGACCUCUCCAACAUCAGAAUAUCAAAGAAGGAGGCGACGAAACCCGCCCAAGCAGACAAAGCGAAAUCAGCCGCCGCCGAGCUUCCCCAGGAGACGGAGAUUGCGCUACCCAUCACCCUAUCCGCCGUCAUCGCCACGCAAAAACGCGUCCAAGACUCCCUAGGCAUCUUCCUCCCACUAUCCACCUUCAUCGCCCGCGCCUCCGAACUCGCAAACGAAGACCUCCCGCCCAGCAGGAACCGCAAACCCACCGCCGACGAACUCUUCAACUCCGUUCUAGGCCUCGAUCAGAUCCACCACUCAUCCCGGGGUUCCUUCAUUCCUCAAAUCAUGGGCAUCUCCAACCCUCCUCUCGUAGCUUCUAGGGCGUUGGCGAAGAAGCCGGACAUCAUUGACUUCUUGGCUCCCAAGGCUGCGAAGCGCAAGGUGUCUCCUGUUACUGCUGCGCCGGCGGCUGUGGGUGUGUCGCCUAGCGGCAAUAUCUUCUCGGUCACGGCUAGAGUGGGCGAGGAAGCGCGGGCGGCGGAGUAUCUGGAGCGGAUGAAGGUGGCGCUUGAGCAGGAGCCGGGCCGGCUGGUAUUGUGAUUGUGUAUGUGCUAUAUGUCUGUAUAGUGUGUUGCUUAGCGAUUCAUUGAGCAUACCGUGCCACAAAUACACGCUAAAUGCAUCGCCUCGACUCCUUCGCGGCAGCAGCACAAAGCCUUGCACGAGUCA